GUGAAGGACGACGAAGGAAAGAUGAAAGGGUACUCUGAUGAUAUUGAUACCCUCCUUGUCUUCGUGAGUUCUCUCCCAGCGUGUCUGCACUCACUGGCAAUCUAUUUAAUCUCCACCAAGGCCGGUCUUUUCUCCGCCGUCCUCACCGCAUUUGUCGUCCAGACAUAUCAGAUGCUCCAGCCAUCGAGCGCCGAUCUGACGAACAAGCUCCUUACGACGAAUAACCAGAUGCUCGCCCAAAGUAACCAGAUCCUUCCACCAUUCGAGCCCUCGGUCUUGACACGGUGGAUCAACACGCUCUUCUUCGUCAGCCUCGUCCUCAGUCUCGCCGCCGCCCUGCUCGGCAUCCUCGUCAAGCAGUGGGUGCGCGAGUACAUGCAGUGGAACUCGCCUCUUGCGACGCCGCGAGAGAACAUCAUGGUGCGCCAGUUCCGCCUCGAAGCAUGGGAGGCGUGGAACAUCGCGGCGGUCGUCUCGGCGGUGCCGGCGCUGCUCGAAGUCGCCAUGAUCCUCUUCCUCAUUGGCAUGGUCAUUCUCCUCUGGACGCUGGACAACGUUGUCGCGAUCUGCUUGACAGCUGUAACGGCGAUGUUCCUGCUCGUGGUCGCCGUGUUCACCAUCCUCCCCGUGUUCUCUCGCCGGUGCCCGUACAAGUCACCCACGGCAUGGGCGGUUAUGGCGGCUUGUACGCUUACAUCGCAUUCGGUGACCUUCUGUCUAAAACGGGGCAGAGCGUAUGCCGCCCUGCUGCGUUCUCGAUGGCGCGCAUUUGUUGAGGGUGAGUCGUGCAAAUAG